AUGGAGAAACUUGUUGCUACUCAAGAAUUCAUUGAUUUCAUCAAAUUCUACAGCAACCUGCUUUGCAUGAUUCCAUUCCAUUCCAACUUCAUGCGUGAAGUGGAAGAACAAAUGGACCUUCGUGAAUUCUUAGAGGUUGUGAAGGCAAAAAUUUCCAUAAGCAAUACCUUAUAUUUGUCGAUUAGGGUUCAAAAUAGCUGGGGAUUUUGGCAUUUUGGCAGAGUAAAAUGGUUCAAUGACAAGAUAUCAUACCUUAUAUUUGCUAGUAUGGGAAUCCAUGUCAAGUGGAGACAUCAUGGACUGAAGUUAACCCAGGAAGGAGGUUUCAAUUCUGUCGAAGGGUAA